GCGACCCUGCUGCUCUUGGGCCUGGUGCCAGGGCCGCGGCCCCUUCCCGAUCAGAAGUCCGACGUCGUGUCUGUGUCCGCAGCGCGGGCCCCGCGGAGUUCGCGCCCGCGUUCCUGGCUGCCCCCCGCCUCUGCGCGCCGCCGCUCUCGGCCGCGGGGCGCCGGCAGCGAGGCUCAGCGCGGCGGGCCGCAGAGCGGGCGCGUCGCGCCGUGCAGGGCGCGGACGAGGAGGACCCUUACGCGCGGCUGGAGCGGGUUCUCCGGGACAGCAAGCCGCUGCCCGCUGCGAAGCCCAGCGCGGGCCCC